AUGUCUACAUUAAGAAAGGACGUUUUAAAUAGAAUGCUAAAAUGCAACAAAAAUAUUUCAAAUUUACCGGCUUCAAAUGAUUUGUCUCCUCUUGAAUGGGACUCAUUUUUUUCUAAAUACGAAGAAUUGGAGAUCAACUCAGGGAAAUUUUGUGCAUAUUUCUCCGAACCACCUUGUGAAGAAAUAGAAAACCUCAAUUUUUUGCUUAUUCAUGGGGCUGGACUCACCUCCCUUUCUUGGGCUUGUUUUGUUAAAGAAUUAACUAAAUCACUAAAAUGCCGUUCUGUAGCCGUUGAUUUGAGAGGUCAUGGUUUUAGUUGUGUCCACGAUGAUUUGGAUAUUGAAUCACUUUCCGGAGAUAUCAUUCAGCUAUUUGAUAUUUUAUUUAACCCGGAUCAAAAAGUGGUUGUGAUUGGUCAUUCUUUGGGAGGAUCAGUUGGUGUGAGAGUUGCAGAUCGGUUCCCUGAGAGAGUUGUUGGAUUGAUUGUUUUGGAUGCCGUUGAAGGAUUAAUUAAAGAAUUUAAUAGCGAAUUAAUUAGAGUUAAUAGUGAUCUGGGGACUAUAUUUGAAUGGAGGACGGAUCUUAAAAAAACAAAAAAAUACUGGAUAAAAUGGUUUGAUGGAAUGUCGAAUGGAUUUUUGAGAGUUCGUGCCAAAAAAAUGCUGAUUUUGACAACUGCUGAGAAUUUAGACAACUCUCUGAUGAUUGGGCAUAUGCAAGGGAAGUUUCAACUUGUUUUAUUACACAAUUGUGGGCACUUAAUACAUGAGGAUGUUCCUGAUCAAGUUGUUGAAGCUGUUUCUAAAUUUGUGAAAUGGCAUAAGUUUAUUUAA